AGAAGAGUAUCUUGUUUCCCGCCAGUGGUUGGUGAAGUCCCAAACAGUUUGUUUCCACCAGCAAAUAGGGGACUCGAGAGAGGCUGCUAGGCCGUAAGAUCUUCAGCGAGAGCAGGAGUAUGCCACCUGACUAAACAGAGAAAAAUUAAAAGGAGAUGUCCAUAUCUGCGGCUUGCGUUGGCCCAGUAUAGUUGUACCAUGGCGGCUACAACAGAAGCAGAUCAUCUGACGGACAGUAGAAAGAGCAGUUCGAAUAGUACCAAAACCCAAGCUAGAUCACCUACCACUGAAAACUCCAAUGACUGUAAUGGUAAAAAGAAUGAUAAUGGAAAAACUACCAAAGAGGCGAAAUCGACAAAGGCGGUUAAGGAUAACGUUACCAGAGUUGUAGUAGUGGCAUUAACUCCUGAUAGAACCAGAGAAACAUGGGACAAAAAAGUCGAGUUUCUCCUUGCAGUUGUUGGAUUUGCAGUGGAUUUAGGAAACGUAUGGAGAUUUCCAUACAUUUGUUAUCAAAAUGGAGGGGGUGCUUUUCUCAUACCCUACACCAUUAUGCUCGUCUUUGGAGGUCUGCCACUAUUUUACAUGGAAUUAGCUUUAGGACAAUUUCAUCGUAGUGGCUGCUUGACGAUAUGGAAAAGGAUAUGUCCCGCCAUAAAAGGUGUUGGCUAUGCUAUCUGCUUGAUGGACAUCUACAUGGGAAUGUACUACAACACGAUAAUAGGAUGGGCGGUGUACUAUUUAAUAGCCUCUUUUCAGUCAGAGCUACCUUGGGUCUCCUGCCACAACAGUUGGAACACACCUGAAUGCCGUCCUAUUACUAGUCCUAACGUAACGGCCUCAAGUCCAGCCAGAGAAUUUUUCGAGAGGGAAGUUCUCGAGCAAUAUAAGGCGGACAGCCUGAAUAGAAUGGGGCCUAUAAAACCAGCUUUAGCAUUAUGUGUUUUUGCAGUUUUCGUUCUUGUGUAUUUUUCCUUAUGGAAAGGAGUUCGAAGUACGGGUAAAGCUGUGUGGAUAACAGCUCUAGCCCCUUAUGUGGUCCUCAUUAUACUCCUCGUGCGUGGAGUAUCUCUUCCUGGUGCUUCUACUGGUAUUCGUUAUUAUCUAACUCCAGAAUGGCAUAAGUUAUUAAACACCAAAGUUUGGAUAGAUGCAGCCGCCCAAAUUUUCUUUUCCCUUGGACCUGGUUUUGGAACUCUGUUGGCGUUGUCCAGUUACAAUAAAUUCAAUAACAAUUGCUACAGAGAUGCACUACUAACCAGUACCAUAAACUGCUUGACAAGUUUUUUGGCAGGUUUCGUUAUUUUUUCCGUACUUGGUUAUAUGGCACAUGUACAAAAUAAGAGUAUAGAGCAAGUGGGACUGGAAGGUCCAGGGCUUGUGUUUAUUGUUUACCCCGAAGCGAUUGCCACGAUGUCGGGAUCUGUGUUUUGGUCGAUAAUAUUCUUCCUCAUGCUCAUCACCCUAGGAUUAGACAGUACGUUUGGAGGUUUAGAAGCCAUGAUAACAGCUUUAUGCGAUGAGUAUCCCAAAACGCUGGGUAGACAUCGGGAAAUUUUUGUUGCUUUCCUGUUGCUUGGAAUUUAUAUUUGUGCCUUACCCACCACAACAUAUGGUGGUGUUUAUCUCGUGAACCUACUCAAUGUUUACGGUCCAGGACUAUCUAUCUUAUUUGUCGUUUUUGUAGAAGCAGCGGGAGUUUGUUGGGUCUAUGGAACCGAUAAUUUUUCUAGAGAUAUAGAAAAGAUGAUAGGUCAUCGUCCAGGACUAUUUUGGAGGUUAUGUUGGAAAUAUAUCAGUCCAGUAUUCAUUUUGGUCAUCUUCAUUUUCUCUCUUCUCAGCCAUGAAGAGAUGUUGGGCACCGAAUAUCACUAUCCAGAAUGGGCUUUCUAUGUUGGUUAUGCUUUAACAGCUUCUUCAAUAAUAUGCAUACCAUUGUAUAUAAUUUAUUUGUUUGCAGUAACACCAGGCAGUUGCGUUCAAAGGUGGAAAAUGAUAUGGAAACCCGAACAUUCCUCAGAAAAUAGCGCCCUGACUUACUAUGGAGCAACUGACGUGUGACCAGAAACAUUGAGAAGAAGUUACACGGUAGAAUGGUUAGUUUAGUUUUAUGAGGAAAAAUUAGUAUAUGGAAUAAUUGUUUAGAUAAUGAUAAAUACCUAAUUCAAUAGGUAAAUGGACCUUAAAAUGGUAUUAGUUGAAAUUGAUUUGCUUCAAUAUUUUCCUAUUACGGUUCCUCAAGUUUUUGCAAAUUUUAGCUACAUUUGUAGCUACUUUGCUCAGUGUAAGUGUAUGUGAAAAUAAUAUGAGAAAUCUGAUUCAAUCUUUAGGUACCUUCUGAAAAGUACAUAAAAUUGGAGAGAUUUCAAAACUCGAUUUAGUGUACCUUGUGAUGAAACUUGAGGUAAUCGAAUUUGAAUAAUUGAUAAAUUACAAAUUUAGUGCUAGGGCAAAAAAAUUUUUGGGUGAUAUAUACAGCCAUUAUAAACCCGAAAACUAAUAGAGUAAGAUGAAUUUUCAUUUCACGUGUGAGAUUUAUUUUCAAUGAUAUUUAAAUUGCGUAAGGAGUACAAUAAGAGAAAUAUCUACUUAGUGUAUAGUAAGUGGUAUUUCAAAUGGAAAAAACUGAACAUACUUCCAGUAACAAACUUCUAAAGAAUGUUCUUUAGAAAACCCCCAAUGUGACUACUGGAACGAAAAAUAAUCGGUUGUUGGUAUGAAAAGACAAUAGUUUAUUCAAUUUGUAAUUUCUUUCGGAACAAAAAAAUUGUAAAUAAAAAUAUUUCCAUCGUUGUUCAAACAACAUUGGAAAAUAACUAUAAGAUGAUUGGAGAUAUAGCAUUUUCCCGUGAUUAAAUAAGCAUAACAUCAGCCAUUGUUAUGCUUAUGUUGAAUAUGUACCUACUUAUACCUAUCGAUGAAAAUUCAUCAUAGAUGAACUUAGAUGUGAUUACUGAAAUCUGAUAUUCAGAAAUGAGUUGACUAGAUGUAUAGAAAUUUACUCAGUGUGAAAUAUAUUAUGUAUAACCGUUAUCUAAAGCGACUUGUACAACUGAAAACAAGCUUGACUCUUUUCAUUGUUAAUAAAUGAAAAAAGUAUUAUUCUCAUUCAUUGCUGAAUUGAAGUAAUAUUUAGUAUUUUUGUAGCGUAAUUAAAUAUACUUGAAAUAAUCAAAAAUUUUCCAACGAAUUCAAAUUAAUGAUUCGAAUGAUUCAAUUCUAGAUUUGAACUGAGAAAUUAUGUCUUCCUGUUAUCUUCAUAUUUAUUAUUUCAAAAUACUACCAUCUACAGAGAAAAAUCUAUACCAAAAUAUUGUUUAAUUUUUUAUCAAAAUGGAUCAUUCGAAAUAUUUUCUUGAUAGACUAAUAAAAUGAAGUAUUUUUAUUUAUGUCUAUGAAAUCCCGAAUUGUGAGAAUUGAAUGAAAUCAAAUAAUAUAAUGCGAUAUAAAUAUUAAUACCUACUUGUAAAAGUGACCACAUUCAAUGAAAAGGGUCAUUUUCUACGUAAUAUUUGCCUUAACUCUUUGAGUUGUAAAAGUGAAAAUUCUUUCUUUUAGAGUUAUCAUUUGAAAUAAUUUAUGGUUAUUAUUCUUCUGUGAAACUACAAAAAAAAUUGUAAUUCUAUUCAUUGCAACAUUCAUUUUCAUAAAUA